GUUGUUAAAGCAGCUAGCAGCAGCAGAAGAGCACUGGGGGUUUAUAGCACAGCGCUUAGCAGCAGAGGAGACAGCGUUUGAGCUGCAAGAGAGGCGAAGGCCUUCGCUGUCUCCAUCGCUGUCUGGUCUAUCAACAGCAGCAGCAUACGGGGGCUCUGGGCUGUCUCCGGCUGUCUCUUUGUCUCCUUCUACCUCAGAAAAGUUUAUUCAAUAUCCAUCCCUGCUUCUUCAGCUGUCUCCUCUUCAAGAAGCUGCUGCUCUUGCUGCAGCACUACGCACAGAGGCCAAGGGACCUUCGCUGCAGCGGCUGCCUUUUGCGGUGCUGCCGUUAGAAGAGAAGUGGCGGCUGAGCUGGCGAAGUGUCUCCUUGCUGCCUGCUGCGGAGACACUCCGGCUUGCAAACGCUUUGUCUCUGUCUCUCCCUACUCACAACCCCUUCCUUCCUCCAAAGCCAACUGAAACUCCUGCAGCAGCAGCAGCAGCAGCAGCAGCAGCAGCAGCUGGAGGGGACUCGCUACCGCCUGUUGCUGCAGUGUCGCCUCCUAAGGGGGGCCCCUGCAGCACUUUAUGCGAAUUGUUUAUAGACCGAAGAAACCCCAAGGGCGUGCACAAAGCAGAAGCAACCUUUUGGGUGUAUCCUGAGCUUCCUUUCCUACACCCAGCCCCCAGCAGCAGCAGCAGCAGCAGCAGCAGCAGCAGCAGCGGGAGUAGAGGCAGCAAAGGGCGGAGACGCGGGGAGAAGAGAGUUAAUGAGCGUAUUAAAGCCCUUGUCGGCAUCUCUUUCUUUCUUCACACUGUUAUAGAGAUGCUCUCUGAUGUUCACAUUCAAUCUCCAACUCACGCGAUGCUGCAUUUGAUAUAUUUAGUAUUCUCGGGUGUAUGGGCAGCAAGCAGGGGGCGUAGGGGGCCCCCAGUAAGGGGGCCCCCAGGUGGUGAGGGGGGCCCCCAAUGGGGGCCCCCUUCAGCUCCUGCUGAUUUAACAGAUUUCUUUGAGUGCAGCAAAGCAGCAAAUCUACAGACGCCGUUCUGUAUGGGUGAAUUAGACGUAACUUUGUUUAUGAUGAUAAAACAAAGGGUGCUGCUGCGUCUGUCUACAGCAGCAGACAGCAGCAGCUGGUUGGGGUGUAUUGCCAGCGAGAUUAAAGCUAAGCUUACUUCUAACAGCAGACCUUCUCGUGCACUUGUUGCAGAGAUUGCUGCUACUAUUAAUGCUGCUGAAGCUCUGUAUGGCGAGAUUAAAGCUAAGCUUACUUCUAACAGCAGACCUUCUCGUGCACUUGUUGCAGAGAUUGCUGCUACUAUUAAUGCUGCUGAAGCAGAAAAGGCAGGGGCUUUACUUACCCAGGACGUCUUCAUUCAGGCCCUCUUCUCGGGUGAUGUGUCUGCUGCUGCAGCGGGGCGCUGGGGAGAUGCUGCUGCUGCUUCUUUGGGGUUAACUGCUGCCUCCGUGCUGCCGCGUUUGUCUCCUCUAAGAGACACUCAGCCCAUACCACUUGCUUUUCUCGUGGAUGCACACCGCGCCUACAGCAGCAAGAAGAGCAGCAGCAGCAAACGCAGCAGCAGCAGCAAUAAACGCAGCAGCGGCAGCAGCAGCAAGAGCAGCAGCAGCAGUAGUAGUAAACGCAGCAGAAACAGCAGUAUAGGUGCCCUCCGUGCAGCAGGUGCUGCUGUACCGAGAGUGCGGGUGCGGGUUUCAGCGAGUCUGAACAAAGCUGCUGCAUGCAGCCCCAAAGGGUGGCAUUGGGGGGGCCCCAAGCCUCAUAGGGAGUACUUUCUUAGUCAAGGAGGAGCGCAUCAGCUGUACAUACAGCUGGGGGAGCUGUCGCCGCAGCAGCUAGCAGCAGCAAAGGUGCUCGAGGGGGCUUUGAAAGAUAUCCUCAGCACCUACUUCUGCAGCCCACUCGCAGCAUGCGGCGCUGUCGAUGUUAAGCUCCUUAGAGAAGUAAGCAGCAGUCGCAGCAGCUGCAGCAGCAGAAACAGAAACAGAAGCAAGAGUAGCAGCAGCUGCAGCAGCAGCAGAAGCAAGAGCAGUAGCAGUAGCAGUAGCAGCAGCAGUAGGUGCGUAGGAGUUAAUAUCUGGAGUCUUCGUUCAAGCUGCAGACGGCAGCAACAGCUGGGAGGGAGGAGACGCCUUAGAGAGAUUCUUGUUCACAUUGGAUGGUAUCUCCGAUUCACAGCAAGCCUUCACAUGCAGCAGCAGCAACAGCAACAGCAGCAGCAGCAGCAACAACAACAGCAGCAGCAGCAGCAGCAGCAGCAGCAGCGCAAGAAGGGGGGGCUCUGGCUGCAGCAGCAGCAGCAGCAGCAGCAGCAGCAGCAGCAACAGCAGCAGCAGCAGCAAGUAGAUGCUGCCUUAUUGACGGAUGCCUUGAUAGAAAGACAUCGACAGAUGCUGCUGCUAAACCUUGACGGUGCAGAUGGUAUCUCCGAUUCACAGCAAGCCUUCACAUGCAGCAGCAGCAACAGCAACAGCAGCAGCAGCAGCAACAACAACAGCAGCAGCAGCAGCAGCAGCAGCAGCAGCGCAAGAAGGGGGGGCUUGUCUUUAAAGGGUCGCACGCAAGCUGAGUGGUGUCUGUCUGUCUCAGGGGUGAGAGCAUUUUUCAAUGAGGAGGUUCUGGGGGGCGCGUGGCUGCUGGUUGAGGCCUUACCGCAUCUGCCGGCUGCUGCUGCUGCAUCUCCUGAGUUUUUGUUCUAUGAACGGGGGCUGUCUCCGAUGCCUGCUGUCUCCUCUGGUGCUGCAGCAAACCCGCAGCAGCAGCAGCAGCAGCAGCAGCAGCAGCAGCAGCACGCUGCGCCUUCAAUAUGGAGACAUCAUAGAAUCCACCCUGGCUUGAGGUCAGCAGCUGCUCAUCCUCUCUGGCGGUUGGAGGGGUCGUGGAUACAUCUGGAGCCUGCAUCUGCUGCUGCUAUUGCUGCUGCUGCUGCCGAAGCAGCAGCAGCAGCAGCAGCAGAUGCAGAAUCAGGAGAAGGGGAGCAGCUGCCUCCCCGGUGGGGUUUGUCUUACAGCCAGCCGCUGCUGUACAGACAGCGCAAGGCCCCCUAA